AUGGACCCUCCACAUGUACUUACUGGGCGCGCCAAGGAGUUCGUCGAGUUGCAUGACCAGGUUCAGACAAGCGUGAACCUGCUCGACUCGCUGGAGUCAUUUCUCUCGACGUUCCAGAAGGACCUAUCCGCUGUUUCAGGGCAAAUUUCGGACCUGCAAAGCCGGAGCAAAGACAUAGACAACCGUCUCAAGAGUCGUCGAAAAAUAGAGAAACCUCUGUCAAACCUGCUGUCGAAUAUCACGAUCCCCCCUUCCUUGGCGACCACAAUUUUGGACACGGAAGUCAAGGAGCCAUGGAUCGGCGCCAUAGUUGAGUUCGAGCAACGACUCGAGAUGGUGAAAGCGCGCGCACGAGUGAAGGCCGCCCGAGAUCUUUCAGACGUGACAGAGGGUUUGCGCAUCGUCGCAGCGACGAAAAUCCGCGCUUUCUUUCUCACCCUCUUCCAGCCCAUCCGAUCUAGCGUUACUACGAACAUGCAGGUCCUGCAGACGUCUGUGUUCCUGAAGUAUCAGCCCCUGUUCGCAUUCCUCCAGCGCCAAGCUCCCAACGUGGCGCAAGAGAUUCAGAGGGCGUACGUCGGUGCGGCGAGGACGUUCUAUGAGACGGGCUUCAGGAGGUACGCUAGAAGCCUAGGGUAUAUCAAGACGCGCAACACUGAGACAUUUCAAACUAUCACGGCGAGUGCAGGCGAGAAGGGAUCAGAUUGGGAGCUCAAUGAUGCCCGACUCGCGUUGUCCCGUAUUGAUGGUCCUGGCGUUACGCUCGCAUAUAUGGCUGACGACAAAUCUCAUACGGAACCAGUUGAGGCACUCCUCCGCUCUCUUUUCCUAGUCCUCAUGGACAACGCGACCGCGGAGUACACGUUCAUCUGCAGCUUCUUCGCCCCGCCCUCUCCACAGCUCCCGGCAUCGGCUUCCGCGCAGCUGUCGCCAUUGCCCUCCUUUGGUUCCUUACUCACUCCCACCGGUUUGACUGGGCUGAGGAGUCCGGGAGGUUCGGAACUUGAUCCUGCUGAUGCAGCAGACGAGAUGGAUGGGCCGACCCCGAAGGCGAGGCGCAGAGCCGAUAGCGUGUUCAGUGCCGGCGCUGGUGCGCCACUCGUACCGCGUCCCGAUGCGCCGAGAGAGAAAGAAGAGAAAGUUGCAUUGGAGACGAUUUGGAAACAGGUCAUGGAUCCGGUCAUGGAAUAUUGUCAAUCGUUCUCCAAGACUAUCCUCGACCCACCCCCGGCGACGAUCCCGCUUCUGACCCUCAUUCGCCUCACCGAGGACGUCAUGGCCGAAGUGCAGAAGCGCCAGCCUCAGUGCGGACCGCUCGAGUCGUUCAUCUUCACCCAGCGUCUGCAGAUGUGGCCAAUCUUCCAAAAGGGGAUGUCGGAACAUGUCGACGCGCUGAAGAGAUUGCAUGAAGGUACGGGCGCUGGGCUGGCGCUCUUCAGCAGGGCGACGCCGUUGACGGACGCCGUGGUUUUCACCGUCUGCAAGCGUUAUGUCGUGAUGUUCGGCUCUUUCCUGUCGUUGACCGCACAAGAUGAUGAGACGAUGAUCUUCUCGAACCUGCUCCGUCUACGGCAAGAGUUGGCCAAGCUCAUCCUCAAGCAUACAGAAAAGGUCACAGAUCCUGCAAGGCGGGCAACGGCUCAGUCGUCAAUAUAUGAAUCCGUGCUGCAGGGUCUCACUAGAGAACUUCAGACAUCAAGUCAUCCCAAGGCGCAGUCCGAGAUUGCGUAUUGGCGCGAAUGUGAGGAGCAGGCUCGGAGGCGCAUCAUUUCUUCGUCGCAAACACGUCGUUGA